AAAAAAAACACUCUGGCGGCGGGCAGGACAGGACCGAACAGAACUGAGAAGUAACGUCGCCGCCACAUCCCCCACAACCCGCACCUGAGCCGUGCGGUCUGCGCCGGCGGGGAAAUGGCGGAGCCGGACUGGAUCCUGGCGAGGGAGCGGAGGCAGAUGGAGCAGAUCCUGGAGCUGGACAUGGAGGAGCUCCAGGUCGAGGAGGUCGACGACGACGGCUCAUCCUCCUCCUCCGUCGACACCUUCCUCAGAAAUACUCGUAGAGAUGGAGGGAUUAGCACUUCUGAGGAGCUUACAGUUGACACAUCUAUGGUUUCCUUGCAAGUUCACACCUAUCUUGAAGCGAAGGUUGAUGGUACCCGAGGCAAAUUUGCUUUCUUGGAUUACGACAAAGUCCUCAAUUUGCCGAUGCUUUAUCUUCAAGGUGUUGUUUUGUUCCCUGAAGCUUCCCUACCUCUUCGAGUAAUUCAGCCUAGAUUAGCAGAAGCUAUUGACAAGGCUGUUAAUCAUGUUGAUGCUCCAUGCAUGAUAGGUGUGGUUCAUGCUUAUCGACGCGCAAAUGAUGGACAUCAUACUAUUGCUUCUGUUGGAACAACAGCAGAGAUACAGGAAAUUCAACAGUUGGAUGAUGGUUCAUCAUGUGUUUUCUCUCGUGGUCAGCAGCGAUUUCGUCUUGUACGUCAUUGGUUGGAUGUCGAUGGAAUACCAUGGGGUGAAGUCCAAAUUAUUAAAGAAGAUACACCUCAAAGAACUCCAAGAGAUGCUUUUGGACAGUUAGCUGCAAGUAAUAGUUUCAGGCAAUGUGCUUCAUCAAUGCCUAGUGUAUAUGUGUCUGGUUCUAAACAACUUGAUCUUGUGGAUUCUGAAGUAGAUGGGGAAUCUCUAUCACCCACUAGCACUUCAAGUGAUCACUCAGUAACAGAUAAAAGAGUAUACCUUUCUGGCUUGGUAGCAUGUGGUAGUUUGGAUGAAUCCUCAAAUGAAGAUGAAGAUCCCAUACAUGAACAGUCUUGUUGGUGCCAUGAUUCUGUUAAAGAAAUUGAUGGGUGCGGUCAGCAAGAUAAGCAUACAAACACGGGAGAUUGGGAUGAUCUUUGCUUAACAUCCUUUUUGGGAGUAAGAAAGAAGAAUACCGAACAACAGAGACACUACUGGGGUGGUUAUAACACAAAGAUGGCAUCACAGGCUCCAUUGUCAUUUUGGCCUCGCUGGACUUAUGAAAUGUAUGAUUCGUAUUCACUUGCUAGGAGAGCUGCAGAUUUGUGGAGACAAGUAAUUGUAAACCCAAGCAUGGAUGAUCAUGUGAGAAAGCCGAAUCAUUUGUCUUUUUACAUUGGAAACAAUCUUCCCAUCUCAUUAUCUCUGAGGCAAGAAUUACUUGAGAUCGAUGGAAUCUCAUAUCGACUACAGCGGGAGAUUCAGCUACUCAAAGCUUUCAAUAUCAUACAAUGUAGAAACUGUCUGACUUCUAUUGCAAGACGAAGUGACAUGGUGAUGAUAUCCAGUGUCGACGCUAUUGGUUCUUACAGUUCUGUGAAAGAGAUGAUUACAGUACACACUGUCACUAGCCUUGCACUGCGUGGUGAUCCAUCCAAAGUUCACAGCUGGUUUCCAGGAUAUACAUGGACGAUUGCACUGUGUGCUGCCUGCGAGUCCAACAUAGGCUGGCUGUUCAGAGCUGACGAGAAGAACUUGCAUCCAAAAUCUUUCUGGGGGAUACGCAACUCGCAAAUUUCUGACAAUACGCAGUCAGGACAGGUCUGAUCAGAUCAUCCAUGUAUGACUUUCGUGACAGUGGAUUGCAGCAACCCAUGUACUUCUGCCCUCUCUUCAUUGCAAGGUGCAAUUUGCCUGCUUUUACCUCCUAUAAAUACUAAAUACCAAGGGAAGAGUUUUCAGCAAAAGAAAGUUGGAUCGCAAAAGGGAAGAGUUGUAAAGAAACCAUGUUACUUGUGAGCGUGCAUAUUUCACAGUGCUGUACAUAUUUAUUGGGUUGUGGUUUGACGGCGCUCAGAGUUUGGCGUUUGUGGCAGCAGCUAGUUUUGUUAUACUUGUGGCGAAAUUUUGGCAAUAGCAAAAGGGAUCCGGUCAUCCAGAAGGUAGUUUUGUUGUACUUGUUGCUGGCAUCAUUGUCAUCCAUGCUUGUAUCGAAGGGUUGAAAAGAGUGAAGAAGUGACCCGAACAAUGUCCAGCA